AUGUCUGAAGUUUCCAUCGCACAACAUGGUGACACGUCCCUUGUGCCAGACGUGAAACCACAGGAUACGAAGAGGACGCCCCACCUCACCGAUGAACAAAAGAAAAAGAAUCAUAUUGAAAGUGAACAGAAGAGAAGAAAAGCUAUUCGAGAAGCGUUCGAGAGGUUGACAGAGCUCGUCCCUGAGUUGAGCCCCGAACAUUCUCGCUCAGAGAUACUCGUGCUAUCCAAAUCUGCUGAUUAUCUUAAGGAACUCCAUGUCGAGCACCAGACACUUUUGAGGCUGCUUCGUGACAAAGGCAUUCAGGUACCCCCAGAGCUUCAAGUCAAACCACCAGAAAACUUGGAGGAGGUUUGA